AUGCCGCCGAGCCUGUUAAAACAAAGUUCAGCAACAUCAGUCUUUGUGAACUCACAACAUCCGUUUCUACCGGUACCACCUCCUUCAUCAGGAACGUUAUCUCGCUACAGAUUCCACUGGUCCCAUGCCCUUAUUGCUGUUGGGUUAUUGGCCGCUUCAGGUGCUGGUACAGCUGUACUUAUUAAGAAUUCCAUUCUUCCUCGGUUGAAAUCUUGGAUACAGAAGGCUGUUGUUGAAGAUGAAGAUGACCACUUGAAGAGAACUGACUCAAAACCAACGUUGGCUGAAGAAACUGCACAGGCUGCAAAAGAAGCUGCAGCUGCAGCUGCAGAAAUGGCAAAAAUAAGCCAGGGGAUGCUGACUUCAAGAAGUGAAGAUCGGAGAUCUUUGAGGCAUAGUGAGCCUUUAGAUGAGCAAGUACAGCAAAUGAAGUUAAUGACUAAUAUGAUAAAAAGACUGGAAGCCUCAAGUGGAGCAUCUCUUUCAGAGCAAGAAUAUCGAGUCACUCAAGGUAGCUCAAAGCAAGUUUUUGUGAAUGGCAAAGGGGAGUAUGACAUGCGUGCAGUGAGAUCUUCAUCACUACCUGCCUCUUUGGAACCAGCUACUGCUCCUCCUCCAAAGUCAUAUACGGAUAUGAUGGCCACAGUCCAAAGAGGAGAAGGGUCUUCUAAUAUCAGACCUUGGGAGCCUGGUCAGGUGCAAAGCAACUAUACUGAAGAGCAUAGGACCCUAGUAAACGAUGAAGAAUUGAUUUCUAUGGCAAACACCGUUCGAUCAAACGCUAAGGACUCGGUUACUAUGGCUCAAGACACUAUUAAAUCUAAUGGUGAUGCACCGUCGCCCUGGUGGCAGAGGAAAAAUGUCAGAAUCCAAGAGAUUGAGAAUGAAUAUGAGCAUAAUGCAGAUUCUUAUGGUGCUCAAUCUAGUCAGCAGCCAGUCCGACGUUCUUGGGUUCCUCCUCAGCCUCCUCCCAUAGCAAUGGCAGAGGCUGCUGAAGCCAUUAGACGACCAAAGCCCUCGUUCCCGAAGGAACAGGCGUCAGAUGAUCAGUCAGUGGCUCAUUCUUCAGACACAUCUGAUGAGGUGCAGAGGACCCCUCAAAUAUCUGAACCUGAAGGUGCAACAGAGGGUGGCAGUGUCAAAUAUGGUGAGGGCGAGAUACAUGAUGAGGAAACCAAACAUGAAGAGCAAUGAGUAAUACUAUAAUAAUAUUUUAUUUUGUCAGUUAAAUCCACAAGACGUGAAGUUGGGAGAAGGAGUACCAGCAGUCCCAACUUCAACAUAAGCUUGGAACAUUCUCGUUCUAUAGCCAUACGUAUUCUGUAUCUUUAGACUAAGAAUCGCUACAAUAAUAGAUAUCAUGGUUUUGAUUUCUUUAUGAGUUA